GAGAGUGAAAGUCUUCAUUCUUAGAGAGAGAGAGAGAGAGAGAGAGAGAGAGAAAGUGAGAGAGAGAAAGCUUCUCUUAGCUCUCUCUCUGUUCUGAGUUUCUGUUUUUUUGUUCUCUGAACCAACCCUUCUCGUUUUGCUUUCAAGAUCUAGCGGUUUUUUCUGCUAAUACUGAUAAAAACGGAGGCGGUAGUGAUGUCGUCCCUCAGUAGGGAGCUGGUGUUCUUGAUCUUACAGUUUCUCGAUGAGGAAAAAUUUAAGGAGACAGUUCACAAGCUUGAGCAGGAAUCUGGAUUUUUCUUCAAUAUGAAAUAUUUUGAGGACGAGGUGCACAAUGGGAACUGGGAUGAAGUUGAGAAAUACCUCUCUGGUUUUACCAAAGUUGAUGACAAUCGCUAUUCAAUGAAAAUAUUUUUUGAGAUUAGGAAGCAGAAGUAUCUCGAGGCAUUGGACAAGCAUGAUCGCUCCAAGGCUGUAGAUAUUUUAGUAAAGGACUUAAAAGUUUUUUCCACGUUUAAUGAAGAACUUUUCAAGGAGAUUACUCAGCUAUUGACGCUGGAGAAUUUUAGGGAAAAUGAACAACUAUCUAAGUAUGGCGAUACGAAGUCUGCACGAGCAAUUAUGUUGGUCGAGUUGAAGAAGCUAAUUGAAGCAAAUCCUUUGUUCCGGGAUAAAUUGCAGUUUCCUCACCUUAAGAACUCAAGAUUGCGUACUCUUAUUAAUCAAAGCUUAAAUUGGCAGCAUCAACUUUGUAAAAACCCUAGACCAAAUCCAGAUAUUAAAACCCUUUUUGUGGAUCAUUCUUGUGGACAACCAAAUGGUGCUCGGGCUCCUUCGCCUGCAAACAAUCCACUUCUUGGAUCCUUACCCAAACCAGGAGGUUUUCCUCCUCUUGGAGCGCAUGGGCCUUUUCAGCCCACGGCAGCACCAGUUCCAGCACCUCUUGCUGGUUGGAUGUCCAAUCCCUCAGCUGUUACUCAUCCUGCCGUUUCUGGUGGAGGUGCCAUUGGUCUUGGUGCUCCAUCUAUCCCGGCUGCUUUGAAACAUCCACGGACUCCUCCAACUAAUCCUUCUGUAGAAUACCCUUCUGCUGAUUCUGAACAUGUUUCUAAAAGGCCAAAACCUAUGGGGAUGUCUGAUGAGGUAAAUCUACCAGUUAAUGUUCUGCCAGUAUCAUUUGCUGGUCAUGGUCAUGCACAAGCUUUUAAUGCUCCAGAUGAUUUGCCGAAGAACGUUGUGCGAACACUGAAUCAAGGGUCAUCUCCUAUGAGCAUGGAUUUCCAUCCUGUCCAACAAACUCUGCUUCUUGUUGGCACAAAUGUGGGUGAAAUAGGCUUAUGGGAAGUUGGAUCUAGGGAGCGACUUAUUUCAAAGAGUUUUAAAGUCUGGGAUCUCAAUGCAUGUUCAAUGCCUUUACAGGCAGCUCUACUUAAAGAGCCUGAUGUAUCAGUGAACCGUGUUAUUUGGAGCCCCGAUGGUUCUUUAUUUGGUGUUGCCUAUUCGAGGCACAUUGUUCAAAUAUACUCCUAUCAUGGUGGUGAUGACAUGCGACAGCACCUGGAGAUUGAUGCUCAUGUCGGUGGAGUUAAUGAUCUAGCAUUCUCUAACCCCAAUAAACAACUUUGCGUCAUAACAUGCGGGGAUGACAAGACGAUUAAAGUCUGGGAUGCUGGAAAUGGUGCAAGACAAUUUACAUUUGAAGGCCAUGAGGCUCCUGUUUACUCUGUUUGCCCUCACUACAAGGAAAGCAUUCAGUUCAUCUUUUCAACAGCACUGGAUGGAAAGAUAAAGGCGUGGCUAUAUGAUAAUAUGGGCUCACGAGUUGAUUAUGAUGCUCCUGGACGUUGGUGCACAACAAUGGCAUACAGUGCAGAUGGUACUAGGCUCUUCUCAUGUGGGACAAGUAAAGAUGGAGAGUCCUAUAUUGUUGAAUGGAAUGAGAGUGAAGGAGCUGUUAAGAGAACUUAUCAAGGGUUCCGCAAGCGGUCUCUAGGUGUUGUACAAUUUGAUACGACGAAAAAUCGGUUUUUGGCUGCUGGUGAUGAUUUCUCCAUUAAAUUUUGGGACAUGGACAAUGUUCAACUUCUAACGACUGUUGAUGCUGAUGGCGGGCUGCCGGCAAGUCCACGCAUCCGCUUUAACAAGGAUGGCACCCUUUUAGCUGUUUCUGGCAAUGAGAAUGGAAUUAAAAUCUUGGCUAAUGUGGAUGGAGUCCGGCUACUAAGAACAUUUGAAAAUCUUUCAUAUGAUGCAUCUAGAACGUCAGAGGCUGGGACAAAGCCCACAAUAAAUCCAAUCUCAGCUGCUGCAGCUGUGGCAGCAGCAGCCGCAGCUGGUAGUGCCUCCGAUAGAGGCGCCUCUGUCGUCACCAUGGCUGGAGUGGCUGGGGAUACCCGAAGUUUGGGGGAUGUGAAACCUAGAAUUCCUGAAGAUUCAAAUGACAAGUCAAAGAUUUGGAAGCUCACUGAAAUUAACGAACCAUCUCAAUGUAGAUCCUUGAGGCUGCCUGAGAACGUACGAGUAAACAAGAUAUCUAGGUUGAUCUACACAAAUUCUGGAAGUGCAAUCUUGGCAUUAGCAUCAAAUGCAAUUCAUCUGCUAUGGAAAUGGACGCGAAGCGAUCGUAAUUCAACUGGCAAGGCAACUGCAAAUGUUUUGCCGCAAUUAUGGCAACCAUCAAGUGGCAUUCUAAUGACCAACGAUGUUGCUGACACUAGUUCUGAAGAGGCUGUGCCCUGCUUCGCUUUAUCUAAAAACGAUUCUUACGUCAUGUCAGCUUCUGGUGGAAAGAUAUCCCUCUUCAAUAUGAUGACAUUUAAGACAAUGACGACUUUCAUGCCGCCACCACCUGCUGCCACAUUCCUUGCCUUUCACCCACAAGAUAACAAUAUAAUUGCCAUUGGCAUGGAUGAUUCCACAAUUCAAAUUUAUAAUGUCCGCGUGGAUGAGGUAAAGAGCAAGCUUAAAGGCCACUCUAAAAGAAUAACUGGCUUGGCCUUCUCUCACUUACUGAAUGUGCUAGUUUCAUCCGGAGCUGAUGCACAGGUAUUUGACUAUGCCAUAUCGUUGGACUNCCCCAAUAAACAACUUUGCGUCAUAACAUGCGGGGAUGACAAGACGAUUAAAGUCUGGGAUGCUGGAAAUGGUGCAAGACAAUUUACAUUUGAAGGCCAUGAGGCUCCUGUUUACUCUGUUUGCCCUCACUACAAGGAAAGCAUUCAGUUCAUCUUUUCAACAGCACUGGAUGGAAAGAUAAAGGCGUGGCUAUAUGAUAAUAUGGGCUCACGAGUUGAUUAUGAUGCUCCUGGACGUUGGUGCACAACAAUGGCAUACAGUGCAGAUGGUACUAGGCUCUUCUCAUGUGGGACAAGUAAAGAUGGAGAGUCCUAUAUUGUUGAAUGGAAUGAGAGUGAAGGAGCUGUUAAGAGAACUUAUCAAGGGUUCCGCAAGCGGUCUCUAGGUGUUGUACAAUUUGAUACGACGAAAAAUCGGUUUUUGGCUGCUGGUGAUGAUUUCUCCAUUAAAUUUUGGGACAUGGACAAUGUUCAACUUCUAACGACUGUUGAUGCUGAUGGCGGGCUGCCGGCAAGUCCACGCAUCCGCUUUAACAAGGAUGGCACCCUUUUAGCUGUUUCUGGCAAUGAGAAUGGAAUUAAAAUCUUGGCUAAUGUGGAUGGAGUCCGGCUACUAAGAACAUUUGAAAAUCUUUCAUAUGAUGCAUCUAGAACGUCAGAGGCUGGGACAAAGCCCACAAUAAAUCCAAUCUCAGCUGCUGCAGCUGUGGCAGCAGCAGCCGCAGCUGGUAGUGCCUCCGAUAGAGGCGCCUCUGUCGUCACCAUGGCUGGAGUGGCUGGGGAUACCCGAAGUUUGGGGGAUGUGAAACCUAGAAUUCCUGAAGAUUCAAAUGACAAGUCAAAGAUUUGGAAGCUCACUGAAAUUAACGAACCAUCUCAAUGUAGAUCCUUGAGGCUGCCUGAGAACGUACGAGUAAACAAGAUAUCUAGGUUGAUCUACACAAAUUCUGGAAGUGCAAUCUUGGCAUUAGCAUCAAAUGCAAUUCAUCUGCUAUGGAAAUGGACGCGAAGCGAUCGUAAUUCAACUGGCAAGGCAACUGCAAAUGUUUUGCCGCAAUUAUGGCAACCAUCAAGUGGCAUUCUAAUGACCAACGAUGUUGCUGACACUAGUUCUGAAGAGGCUGUGCCCUGCUUCGCUUUAUCUAAAAACGAUUCUUACGUCAUGUCAGCUUCUGGUGGAAAGAUAUCCCUCUUCAAUAUGAUGACAUUUAAGACAAUGACGACUUUCAUGCCGCCACCACCUGCUGCCACAUUCCUUGCCUUUCACCCACAAGAUAACAAUAUAAUUGCCAUUGGCAUGGAUGAUUCCACAAUUCAAAUUUAUAAUGUCCGCGUGGAUGAGGUAAAGAGCAAGCUUAAAGGCCACUCUAAAAGAAUAACUGGCUUGGCCUUCUCUCACUUACUGAAUGUGCUAGUUUCAUCCGGAGCUGAUGCACAGCUCUGUGUGUGGAGCUCUGAUGGGUGGGAGAAGCAGAGAACAAGAGUCUUACAACUUCCAAAUGGGAGGCCAUUAUCCUCCCAGUCUGACACUCGUGUACAGUUUCAUCAGGACCAGGCGCACUUUCUUGUCGUGCACGAGACUCAGAUUGCAAUAUACGAGACUACAAAGCUUGAGUGUGUAAAGCAGUGGACGCCACGGGAAUCUGGUGCACCAAUCUCUCAUGCAACAUUCUCUUGCGACAGUCAAAUGAUAUAUGCCAGCUUCUUGGAUGCAACUUUCAUCUUUUCAACAGCACUGGAUGGAAAGAUAAAGGCGUGGCUAUAUGAUAAUAUGGGCUCACGAGUUGAUUAUGAUGCUCCUGGACGUUGGUGCACAACAAUGGCAUACAGUGCAGAUGGUACUAGGCUCUUCUCAUGUGGGACAAGUAAAGAUGGAGAGUCCUAUAUUGUUGAAUGGAAUGAGAGUGAAGGAGCUGUUAAGAGAACUUAUCAAGGGUUCCGCAAGCGGUCUCUAGGUGUUGUACAAUUUGAUACGACGAAAAAUCGGUUUUUGGCUGCUGGUGAUGAUUUCUCCAUUAAAUUUUGGGACAUGGACAAUGUUCAACUUCUAACGACUGUUGAUGCUGAUGGCGGGCUGCCGGCAAGUCCACGCAUCCGCUUUAACAAGGAUGGCACCCUUUUAGCUGUUUCUGGCAAUGAGAAUGGAAUUAAAAUCUUGGCUAAUGUGGAUGGAGUCCGGCUACUAAGAACAUUUGAAAAUCUUUCAUAUGAUGCAUCUAGAACGUCAGAGGCUGGGACAAAGCCCACAAUAAAUCCAAUCUCAGCUGCUGCAGCUGUGGCAGCAGCAGCCGCAGCUGGUAGUGCCUCCGAUAGAGGCGCCUCUGUCGUCACCAUGGCUGGAGUGGCUGGGGAUACCCGAAGUUUGGGGGAUGUGAAACCUAGAAUUCCUGAAGAUUCAAAUGACAAGUCAAAGAUUUGGAAGCUCACUGAAAUUAACGAACCAUCUCAAUGUAGAUCCUUGAGGCUGCCUGAGAACGUACGAGUAAACAAGAUAUCUAGGUUGAUCUACACAAAUUCUGGAAGUGCAAUCUUGGCAUUAGCAUCAAAUGCAAUUCAUCUGCUAUGGAAAUGGACGCGAAGCGAUCGUAAUUCAACUGGCAAGGCAACUGCAAAUGUUUUGCCGCAAUUAUGGCAACCAUCAAGUGGCAUUCUAAUGACCAACGAUGUUGCUGACACUAGUUCUGAAGAGGCUGUGCCCUGCUUCGCUUUAUCUAAAAACGAUUCUUACGUCAUGUCAGCUUCUGGUGGAAAGAUAUCCCUCUUCAAUAUGAUGACAUUUAAGACAAUGACGACUUUCAUGCCGCCACCACCUGCUGCCACAUUCCUUGCCUUUCACCCACAAGAUAACAAUAUAAUUGCCAUUGGCAUGGAUGAUUCCACAAUUCAAAUUUAUAAUGUCCGCGUGGAUGAGGUAAAGAGCAAGCUUAAAGGCCACUCUAAAAGAAUAACUGGCUUGGCCUUCUCUCACUUACUGAAUGUGCUAGUUUCAUCCGGAGCUGAUGCACAGCUCUGUGUGUGGAGCUCUGAUGGGUGGGAGAAGCAGAGAACAAGAGUCUUACAACUUCCAAAUGGGAGGCCAUUAUCCUCCCAGUCUGACACUCGUGUACAGUUUCAUCAGGACCAGGCGCACUUUCUUGUCGUGCACGAGACUCAGAUUGCAAUAUACGAGACUACAAAGCUUGAGUGUGUAAAGCAGUGGACGCCACGGGAAUCUGGUGCACCAAUCUCUCAUGCAACAUUCUCUUGCGACAGUCAAAUGAUAUAUGCCAGCUUCUUGGAUGCAACUGUCUGCGUGUUUACCGUUGCUAAUCUCAGAUUACGUUGUCGAAUUAGUCCUUCAGCUUAUCUUCCUGCUAGUGUGAGCAAUGCUUCCGUACAACCACUAGUGAUUGCAGCACAUCCCCAAGAAGCAAACCAAUUUGCUUUAGGGCUGUCAGAUGGCGGGGUUCAUGUCUUCGAACCCCUCGAGUCCGAAGGAAAAUGGGGUGUGCCUCCUCCCAUCGAAAAUGGAUCAGCAUCAAGUGUGCCGACGACUCCAUCAGUUGGAGCUUCAGGUUCAGAUCAAGCCCCAAGAUGAUCGAGCCAGCUAGCACGAGUACUUUUACAUGCUUGGUUGCUGGCUCUCCAACUUUAGGUAUACUUCAGAUUUUAACUGGUUGACCUUUUUUUUUUCUUCCUCCUGGGAAC